UUGUUCACUCUCUCCCUCGGUCUGUGUGUGUGUGCUUUAAAGAGCUUCCAUUCUUUUAAACAGCUUUUUAACGCAAUUGUUUUCGGGUUUUUAAUAAAAAAAAAAUUUUGUUUUAAUUAUGUCCUCAUCAAUAAACGAUCAAAUUGGGCAACAAUCGCCUAAUAAACGACCUCGAACUCCAUCAUCUGAAGGUUCGAAUAAACGUCGAAAUGUUGACCAAAGCCAAAAUAUUGCCAGCUCUCCUAUGCAUCGAAUGGUAGGUGAUGGUUCAUCCGAAUUGAAUAACAUUCUUCAACCAUCAUCAUCCAUUCGAAUGGUAAAUUCACAAGAUCAUCUUUAUCGUGGUAGUUCACCAAUGCCAUACGAUCUUUCAUCCGAUUUUGGUCAAUUACCACAAAUCCUGAGCAAUUAUCGUCGUGAUGAUGUUCGUAGCGAUAUGUCUCGAAGUGUACGACAAAUUAAUCUCAAUCAAGCCGAACCUUUAUCAACUGCCGCUAGUGAAUCAAGUGUCACACAAUCUGGAUUAGGAACACAUUUAGUAGUCUGGGGAACUGAUGUAUCGAUCAAUGAAUGUCGUAAAAAAUUGAAACAAUUCUUACAACGAUUCGAAUUGGAUCCAGAUAACGAUGAUGAUGAUCAACAAUCUAGCCAAAAUUAUUUUGAAUUUGAUGGAGGAGAUUCUAUGACUCCACAAAUGGAAUCUUAUUAUGUUAAAAAAAUUCGUCAAUGUCUUAUUGUUGGCGAUUUUUUUCUCAAUAUCAAUUGUCAACAUUUAUUAAAAUUUGAUGAAGAUCUUUACAGGAAAUUGGUCAACUAUCCACAAGAAGUUAUACCUACUUUUGAUAUGGCAUUGAAUGAAAUUGUCAAUGAAAUUUGUCCGGAUGAAAAUUCUCGUAUUGAUGGUCAACUGUUUCAACGACUUUGUAUUCGACCGUUUAAUGUAAAGAAAACAUCGAAUAUAAGAAAUUUGAAUCCUGAAGACAUUAAUCAAUUAGUUACCAUAUCAGGAAUGGUAACACGUUGUUCGAAUAUUAUUGCUGAAAUGUCUAUUGCUUAUUUUGAAUGUGCGGUUUGUAUGUGGGGUACGAAUGUCGAAGUAGAUCGUGGAUUGAUAGCCGAACCACAAGUUUGUCGUAAUUGCGAUACACGAUAUUCAUUCAAAUUGAUUCAUAAUCGUUCAAAAUAUACUGAUAAACAACAAGUAAAACUUCAAGAAUCACCUGAUGAUAUGCCAGCUGGUCAAACACCUUACACUGUUUUAUUGUAUGCUUGUGCUGAUUUAGUUGACAAAGUUCAACCAGGCGAACGUAUUACCGUAACCGGAAUAUUUCGUGCCACAUCCAUACGUGUAAAUCCAAAAACAAGAAACGUUAAAUCAGUUUAUCGAACACAUAUUGAUGUUGUUCAUUAUCGUAAAGCUGAAACUAAACGAUUACAUGAUACAUAUUUAGAAUUGAAAUUACCUAAAGAACGUAUCGAUCAAUUGAUUGCUAUGUCAAAUUUACCAGAUAUUUAUGAACGUUUAGCUCAUUCAUUGGCACCAAGUAUCUAUGAACAUGAAGAUAUUAAAAAAGGAAUCCUGUUACAAUUAUUUGGUGGUACACGUAAAGAUGAUCCAGGUUCGAAUAAUGGUUUGAAUAAUCAUUCAACAACAUUUCGUUCGGAAAUUAAUAUUUUACUUUGUGGUGAUCCUGGUACAAGUAAAUCACAAUUAUUACAAUAUGUUUAUAAUCUUGUACCACGUGGUCAAUAUACAAGUGGUAAAGGUUCAAGUGCUGUUGGUCUUACUGCAUACGUAACAAAAGAUCCGGAUACAAAACAAAUGGUUUUACAAACCGGUGCACUGGUUUUAAGUGAUGGUGGUAUUUGUUGUAUCGAUGAAUUUGAUAAAAUGAAUGAUUCAACACGAUCAAUUCUGCAUGAAGUAAUGGAACAACAAACAUUAUCCAUAGCAAAAGCUGGAAUUGUUUGUCAAUUGAAUGCACGAACAUCAAUUUUAGCUGCAGCUAAUCCAAUUGAAUCACAAUGGAAUAAAAAUAAAACAAUUGUAGAAAAUAUUAAACUACCACCUACUUUGAUGUCACGAUUCGAUUUGAUAUUUUUACUUCUUGAUCCACAAGAUAAUGAAUAUGAUCGACGAUUAGCUAAACAUCUUGUAUCAUUGUAUUAUAAAUCAUCGGAUUCGAUUGCUGAUGAACGACAAUUUUUGGAUAUGAAUCUGGUUAAAGAUUAUAUUGGUUAUGCUCGUGCUAAUUUUCAUCCAAUCUUAAGUAACGAAGCACAAGAAUCACUUAAAAAUGCAUAUGUUGAAAUGCGAAAAGUUGGUUCGGGAAAAGGUCAGAUAACAGCAUAUCCACGGCAAUUAGAAUCAUUAAUUCGAUUAGCCGAAGCACAUGCAAAAAUGCGUUUCAAAAAUACUGUCGAUAUGGAAGAUGUAGAAGAAGCUAGACGAUUACAACGAGAAGCUAUCAAACAAUCGGCUAUUGAUCCUACAUCAGGUAGAAUCGAUAUUUCUAUAUUAACAACCGGAACUAGUUCACAUAAUCGUAAAAUUAAAAAUGAUGUUUUGAAUGGUCUACGACAAUUAUUGGAUAUGUUAAAACAUGAAUUAAUACAACGUGGCCAAGCUGAAGAUAAUUAUGUUCAUUUUGAAUAUCAACAAGUAUUUAAUGAAUUUCGAUCAACAUCAUCGUUAGCCGUUACACGAGAUAUGUUUGAUGAAGCUAUGGUCACAUUACGUGAUGAAGGUUUUUUCGAAAUUUCAGCCAACAAAAUGAUUCGUUUAGCCGUUUGAAUCAAAUGAAUGAAAAAUCAAUUUAUUAUCAUUUUUUUUACAAUAAUAC